AUGGCUUCACGCGAAUUUGCUCCAUUAUAUGCUUCAACUGGCGACGGCGCCAAAGAUCGCCUGGCCUUUUUCCACCUCCUCGAAAAACUCAAAACCCAGAAACGCACUGGGUGGGUUGACAACAACAUUCCCAAUGCUGAAAGCAUUUCGGACCAUAUGUAUCGAAUGAGUAUCCUAGCGAUGUGCAUGUCAGACCAGCAACUUGACCUAGCCAAAUGUGUGAUGCUGUGUUUGGUGCACGAUCUCGCUGAGGCGCAUGUAGGCGACAUAGCGCCUCGCGAGGCAAUACCACCAUCGGAAAAGCGGCGAAGAGAGGCCGAAACCAUUCACAACAUUGUCCACGACAUGUUGCAUGACAGCCCAGCAGCCAAACGAAUCGAAACGCUUUGGCAGGAGUAUGAGGAGCGCAAAACGCCUGAGGCUCGUUUUGUUAAGGACCUGGAUCGCUUUGAGAUGGCGGCGCAAGCGGUUGAAUACGAACAAGCUCACAAUGUCUCAUUGCAGAGCUUUUUCGAUAGCAGUGUACCACAUAUCCAACACCCUGAAGUGAAAGAAUGGGCGCGGGCAUUAGAGCAAGAAAGAACUCUAAAAUAG